UGUACGUCGCGACGGUUCGCCGUGAUCACGUUGGGUGUUGUUAUAGGCCGACGACGACGACGACGCCGCCGCCGCUACGGUUUCGAGUUUUCCGCGUCGGAAUUUCUUUCUUUUUUUUUUUUUUUUUUUCAUCAACCCCCCCCCCCCCACACGCGCUUGUUCGCUAACGUUGGCAACAGACGUGAUAAUAAUAUUAUACUGUUAAUGUUAUAUUAUCAUUAUUAUUAUUGCCGUAUUGUUACACGUACACGUCGGAGACGGGACUUUGAGAACGAUUAUACGAUUUCCUCUCCCCCGUUUUCUCGACCGAAACAUAAUCACCUAUAUUCUUACGGUGUUGGAGCGGACGACGACGUGCGGUCAGCGUCCUCCGAUGGGCCGGUCGCCGACGCCGCCGCCGCGGUAACCGCACACGGUCGACGCCCUAACGCAAUGUCGGCCACGGGCGCAGCCGCGCUGGUGGCCGCGGCGCUGGUGUUGCUGCAGUGUGUGGCCACCGGUUGCGCCGGACAGGGCGCGGCCAUACGGCACGGCCGGUCGCGGAACGCCAGGAACCUGCGGCCAAACGUACAGGCGCCGGCCAAGCCGCAGCAGACGGGCGCGGCCGCGAGCAGCGAGCUGGACAACGACAUCGUCAACCGGCUGCUGCGGAUCGUCGAGUCGCAACAGCAGUUGGGCGACAACUGCACCGCCGGUACGCACCUCAACCUCGGCGAGGGGGUCGUUGACCGGUACGCCCAGGAACGGUUCCGUGUGGAAGCCGACGUUGCGGUUAAUAGAGCCAAUAUGUUGACAAGACUUUGGAAGUACGCUGGUCCCGAAGUCAUGGACUCAGAAUAUCUGCUGCAUGCCGGCGUGAUUUCCAUGGUAGAGUUUGAUGAUGACAUAUUUGCGGCGGGUAACUGUUAUGAUCAGCACCAGUACAAGCAUUAUCAGUUAUUUUGUCCAUAUGCGUACCGGCUGCCUAAGGGCGAGGGUAUAUUGGCUAAGGACUUGGCCGUUGAAUACAAGUACUUGACUAACGCCAGUGAAUGGUUUUUUAUCGCCCGGAAGACCGCUGAAUCGGUCAUACAACGCAACAAUCAGUAUAAACAUGCAAUCAAUACAUAUACUUGGAAUCAAACAAGUCAUACAAAAAGUUUUCCUGACGACAUUCUAGCAGUGUCGUACGAAGACGGAAAAUGGAGCAAACCAUAUUAUGAUUGUGGAGGUGGAAAUAUAUGGAUGCUAACAUACACUGUACCAUUCUUUGCUUUCAAGGAUGCUAAAUAUUUUUUCAAGGGGACCAGCGGAAUUGAUAUCGACUUGCGGAGAGUGGAUAUCGACCAAUGUAGUUUACCUGAAGGCAGUACAAAGCUAAACAUUUUUGCCUCUUCAAAUAAAUGUAAAAUGGAAACGACUCAAUGUGUCUCAUUAGCUGGAUUUGGUUUUCGCCGAGGAAGUUACAAAUGUGUGUGCCGUAAAGGAUAUUUUUUUCCAAAUAUCACAAGUACUGAAAAGUCUUUCAAUGGAGUUGUAGUAGAAGAAGAGUACGAAAAGCUUAUGUUGGGAAAACCUAAUACGUACAACGUUGAAACCAACUUUCAGUGUAAAAAAUGUGCAGAGGGCUGUGAUGAUUGCGUUGAUUUUAGUCCAUGCAUCGCCACCUAUGACAUUAUACUUCGAAUCACAAUACUAUUAUUAACGCUUGUAGUAAUCGGGUUUUUACCAAUGGUAGCUGUAUUUACAUUCAAAUAUAGUGAUCUCAAGAUUGUAAAAGCCGCUAGUCCAGUGUUGCUACAGAUAAUAAUCUUGGGAGCUUUUUUUAUGUAUACAACGAUCAUCGUUAUGUAUCCAACACCAAAUUUAGUAACGUGUACUGCAAGAUUUUGGCUCAGAGAAAUUGGAUUUUCUCUCACUUACGGUGCACUCAUGUUGAAAACUUGGAGAGUAUCUCAAGUGUUCAAAGUGAACUCAGCAAAGACCGUUCGCAUAACUGACAAACAGCUAAUUAAACUUCUGCUUCUAAUGAUCGCAUUUGUCACUGUGAUACUGUUCAUCAGGACGAUGGUGUCUCCACCACACACGAUUGUCGGUCGCACAGCAGACAAUCUUAAGACAGAUAUUUGUCCCACAGAUUGGUGGGAUCACUCGUUUUCUAUUUUGGAAGUUUUAUUCUUAAUUUGGGGUAUCCGUUUGUGUGUAAUGGUUCGGAAAACGCCGUCUGCUUUCAAUGAAAGUCGGUUUAUUUCUAUAGCCAUAUAUAACGAGUUUAUCAUGUCCGUAUUUCUCAAUGUUUCCAUGAUAUUUUUAAAAUACCCAGCUAAUCCAGAUUUACAAUACGUCAUAUUUUUUUGUCACGCUCAACUUACGGCAACUGUAUUACUGGGACUUUUAUUUGGCAGUAAGGCUUUGAUAAUAUACAAAGGUGAACACAAGGUGGAAGAAACGUCUUCUCAUAAAAUAACUACACAAAAACUAAAGUUCAAUAGCAAACAAAAACAUUCUGAUCCAUCGUAUGAAAGUAUAAGUGACAACAAAGAAAUCACAGAACUUCAGGAAAUUCGAAUCUUAAGAACAACUAUAGAGAACCUUAUAGAAGAGUUUCUCAAGUGUGGGCCGGCAUAUUCAGACUACGUAUUAAGACUACAGGCUAUGUUGGAAGUUAUGAAAAACUCUAAGCUGGGCGAAAAUGAAGAUUCACAACAGAAAUUGGCUUUGAGCAACGGCUGUGUGAUCAAAGUGGACAGCAAUAAAGAUGAAUCAUGUAUAAAAAAACAUUAAUUCAUAUUUUAAAUUUAUAAAAAUGGUAACUUUUUUAACUAUGUGAUUUAAGUUAAAUAGUGGCUCAUUACAUCGAAUAGUGAUUUUCAGUCGUUUUUUCUGUAAAAUAUUUUCAUUUGUGAUCUUAAGAUUUUAUUUUUUAUUUAUGCUGCAUUCGAUUACACUGCUAAUUAUCUCGUAUUUUAAUACUUACUAGAUUUUUGAUGUCACUGUGACAAAAAAUAACUAGGUAGCAGUGGAAACUAUUUAAAAAUUGCUCGUCUAUGAAGAUAGACUGCAAACAUGGACACAUUUUAUUUAAAAUAGUAUAUAUUAUUGUCUGUGGCCAGAUAAAAAUAACUGAUUCAGAAAAAAGAAA